CAGUCAUCCUGUGCAGUAAAGUCAAAACAAACAUUGUCUCCAUGACCGAAAGACGAGCAUGAGGGAUGAAGUGGGAUAACAGCCAACCAAUCCCGCCAUACAGUGUAAAGAGUACGGUCUGAGAGAAGCCGACUGCACGCGAACGGAAACAUCGAGGACAGGACUGAAGUGUCUAAACGCAGGGAUGGCUCCACGAGUGGACGAUGUCAUGCGUCUGUGCUGCGAAAUAUCGGCUCACGAUCAGAUCAAGGUGGCAGUGAAAAACUCUGCCAAAGGAGCAGCGAUGGCAGGAGGAACCGCCUUUGUAUGCGGGCUGAUCGCUGGACCUAUGGGGAUCGCUGUGGGAGGAACAGUGGGCGGUAUCUUGGGCACCUGGCUGACCAGCGGUCAGUUCAGGGCUCUGCCUGAGAUCCUCAUGGAGUUGCCACCUACCCAGCAAAAGAAGCUCUACGAUGACGUUGUUGCCGUUUUGGGCAACCUGGACUGGAUGGACGCGGCCCAGCUCAUUGCCUUUGUGAUGGGCAACGCCACUCUCCAGCAGCAGGUCACUGCCGCGCUGCUCAACUAUGUGACAAAGGAGCUCAGAGCAGAGGUUCGUUAUCAGGACUGAGUUCCGGCCACACACAAACUUUUUAGGACGAUCAGGCCCGCCAAGCACAACCAGAGGCCUUACCACUUAUUUUUGUACUUAACUGGAAAAACUGUGAAUCAUGGAUGUUCACUUUAAUGACUGUGCCAAAUGAUCUUCAGAGUGGCUAUCCUGACAGCAGAGGUGGAAUGUAACUAAAUACAUUUACUCAAGUACUGUACUUGAGAUGCUCUUUCUAUUUAUGCUGCUUUAUGCUCUGCUCCACUGCAAUUAGGAGACAAACACUGAUCCUUUUACUCGGCUGCGUUUAUUUGGCAGGAUCAGAUUAUUAACCCACAAUAGAGUGCUGCAGGGAUGACAUAGGCCAAUCACAAAGUUAGUGUCACCCGGUUUCCCAUUGGAUGUUUGAUUUUUUGCAUAAAAUAAACUCUGUUGCAAAUAAAUGCUUAUGAUAAUUACGAGUUUUAUUCAGCAAAAUAAUCUUCAUACCUGAACACCACUUUAACGAUCUAUAAAGCAUACAUGUAAUCAGUAGUAGUACAAAGCUAAUGCUUGGUUAUGAAAAAACUGCACUACAGAUGCAUGACUUCGUCAUCACCAUCGUGACAAGGCUGUAAAGUCGUGCUCGGCGUGAUGAUGUUCUGGUGUCUCAUUUGGACACUUGUUACCAACUGCCUUUUUUUAAGUCAUAAAAGCUUCAAAAUUCUCAAUGGGAUAUUUACUGAUUGAUUUCAUGUUGUGAAACCAAAAGUGAGUCACUCUUAAGCUAGUGUUAUUGCCGGCAUCUUUAAGAAACACACCACUUUGAGACUGGAAGUGCAGAAAUGCUAACUCAUUUCCAGGUUUUAGGAUUCAUUCCUGCAGCAUUCUAUUUAAUUCAGCUAAUAAAUGUUGGGUUAUUAUUAUAGAUUAUGGUACCCAGCAGUAUAUAAAGGAAUUUAAGUUAGCCCAACAACCUUUACCAGCUGAAACAUGAGUGAUGCUUAUACAUUAACUCUUUAAAACUUUAACAAAUUAGUUCAUUUACUUUGAAAAACAUGUGGAGAGGGCAAUGAGCAACUUACCAACACAGGGCCCAGAAAAUAACAGGAAAUUAGUAAAAUGUUACAAGAAAAUUAUCUGGAAAAAAAAGAAAAUUAAAAAAACAAAC